CCUAAGAGUCAGGAGGAGGAGACCUCGGGAGGAGGGAGAGGGGGGAGGGACGAGGUGGAGGUGGGCGGAGCGAGGCCGAACUGGGGCGGUGCGAGGAGCCUGCUGGACCCCAGGCCUGGAGCGGUGCGCCCUGGUGUCUACGCGUUCGCCCCUGCUACUCCAGUGUUCUUUCUGCGGAACGCCGGGCUCCAGGACUCGCCUUCUAUUGCCAGCGUAGAGAGUUCCAAGAGCUGAGUCGAGGUGCCACGGAUAGGCGGGGCCCGCGUCAAUCGAGCCACUCCCGUGAGUUUCCACCAGGGGGCGCGAGGACUCCGCGACCAUCAGUGCGUCCACCGGGAGGCGCUGCAGCCCGCCUCCGGCUGUCGCGCGGUGCGGAGUGCCACCCAUAAAUUAGCCCCGCCUGGCUAGGCCAGGCAGGAUGGAAUUAUUUGCAUAAUCUUGAAAGAGCUUUCCUGACUGGUUAGGGUGUAAAAGACGAAUACGAAACGGUGCCUCUCAUUGGCUUUUCUCCUAGCUUUGCGUCCCGCCCUAUCCCUGCCCCUCUGUACCAAGAGGUCAAUCGGAAGCCACUGGUGAGUAGUGAGAAGAGGACCCUGGUGUCCUGGCGGUGGGCGUCCAGGGGAAUUGGAAAUGGGCACCUAGGGAGGUGCAUCUGGGGACAUACGUGGUUCUGAGACCCUUGCCACCUGCCUUUCCUCCCACUCAUGGCCCAGCUGGUGGUCCUCGCCACCCUGGCCUCAUUGAUGCUACCUUGAGAGUCGCUCCAAAGUAGGGCCCCAGAGCUUGGAGCAGCAUGGGCACUGAGAAGGAAGAACCCGACUGUCAAAAACAGUUCCAGGCGGCAGUCAGCGUCAUUCAGAACCUGCCUAAGAAUGGCUCUUACCGCCCCUCCUAUGAAGAGAUGCUGCGAUUCUACAGCUACUACAAGCAGGCUACCAUGGGGCCCUGCCUGGUCCCCCGGCCUGGGUUCUGGGACCCUAUUGGACGUUACAAGUGGGAUGCCUGGAACAGACUGGGCAAGAUGAGCAGGGAGGAGGCCAUGUCCGCCUACAUCUCUGAAAUGAAGCUGGUGGCACAGAAGGUGAUCGACACAGUGCCCCUAGGCAAGGUGGCAGAGGAUAUGUUUGGUUAUUUCGAGCCCCUGUACCAGGUGAUCCCUGACAUGCCGAGGCCCCCGGAAACCUUUUUGAGAAGGGUCACAGGCUGGAAAGAGCCGGUGGUGCAUAGAGACGGUCCGACUGCUCCAGAACCUUCUUGUCUCCCCAAGGAGCCAGUACCUCCAAGUCCAGAGUCCCGGCCACCCAGAGACCUGGACCUGGAGGUUUUCUGUGACUCUGUGGAACAGCUAGAGCCAGAGUUGGUGAGACUACCUGUCUUGUCCCCUGUUCCUGCUGAAUCCGAGUUGUCCCACCUUCCCCCUGGGACCUGGGACUCCACUCAGCAGGUUUGGGCAGAGCAGAAGGAAGCAGCUGCCAGAGACCUCGACACCAGGAGCAGCCCCGAGUCCCCCGAGGGGUUGGGAGGUGGCCUGAUGGGCCCCCAGGAACUGGACAGAUGGCUGGUGGGGACAGUCCGGGCCUUGCAGGAAAGCAUGAGGGAUGUUCACAGGAGGCUGCAGAACCUGGAGAGCCAGCCCCAGCCACUUGAGCAGCAGAGGUCGCCCAGGACUCGGCCUUGGCCCCUAGGGCUCUCAGCUCCCACGCUGCUCUUCUUCAUCCUGUGGCCCUUCGUUGUUCAGUGGCUCUUCCGACAGUUUCGGACCCAGAAGAGGUGACUCAAGGACGGGGUCUCUCUACCAACUGAGAAGACUAGGAUGAGUCCCCGAAGGUCCUGCUGUGCCCUGAGCCUCCCUAGGUUUAGGAAAACAACUUUAGAAAUUCCCCCUCCCACCCUCGUUCACCCUGGCACUCCCUCCUUUAAUGGGGUCUCCAGGCAAGAUCCAUCCUUCCUGCAGCUCACACCUACGCCCUGCCCUGAGUUCCCAAAGCAGUUAUGGUGCACAUCCUAACUUUGGGUUUGGCGGUGAGCCGGCCCCACCCUCUGGGUCACCUGACUUUUGCUCUGGUCGACUCGACUCCCUGCCGAGGCUCAGCUCAUGGGCAAGUUGGGACUUGGACCUGGCCUGAAGACUGAUUGGCUGGAAGGUUGGUUGCAGGAAAGACCGGAGCCCGCAGGAGUGGGGAGGAAUGGGAGGAGUGUGUAGGCUGGGGGCUGGGAUACCCCGUACACACGCACAAGUACACAUCGCUCUCAGGACUUCACCGAAGAUUCACGUGAAAUGGAACGCUUCAUUAAACAAAAGAAAACCUCA